AUGGCUAGGCUAAGAGUGAUUCAAGGCAGUAUUAUGGUUGCAUCAUUACUACAGAUUUUCAUAGGGUUCAGUGGUAUCAUAGGCCUUAUGUUACAGUUCAUAGGCCCUCUCACUAUUGCUCCAACUAUUGCACUCAUAGGCAUAUCUCUGUUUGAAUCAGGAUACAAUUUUGCCUCUAAGCAGUGGUGGAUCGCGAUCACAACUAUGGCUCUGAUUGCAAUAUUUUCCCAAUACAUUCCAAGAUAUGUUCAAAAGUAUGUACCAUUCUCUGGAACUGGACAGAAGAAAUGUAAGCUGUUUCUCAGCUUCUUUGAACUUUUCCCUAUAGUGCUGGCUAUAGUAAUCUGCUGGAUAAUCUGUAUUGUGCUAACAGCUACUGGCGUUCUGCCUGACAAACCUGACCAAUGGGGAUAUGAGGCACGUACAGACAUACGACUACAGGUCCUUAAUGAUGCACAAUGGUUUAGAUUCCCUUACCCAGGUCAGUGGGGUGUGCCAACUGUGAAUAUCUCAGGGGUGCUAGGUAUGUUUGCAGGGGUGAUAGCUUCCAUGAUAGAGUCUGUAGGUGAUUACUAUACAUGUGCUAGACUAGCUGGGGCACCACCUCCACCUACAAGUGCCAUCAAUAGAGGAAUAGGUAUGGAGGGAUUAGCAACCCUUCUUGCAGGGGCCUGGGGCUCUGGAAAUGGCACAACGUCUUAUGGGGAGAACAUUGGGGCUAUUGGAAUAACAAAGGUUGGUAGCCGUAGGGUUGCUCAGUGGGGAGCAUUAUGUAUGAUGAUUUUAGCCAUACUUGGAAAGUUUGGAGCGCUGUUUGUCACAAUUCCUGAUCCAAUCAUCGGAGGAGUAUUCUUUAUUGUGUUUGGCUUUGUCACUGCAGUUGGGCUCUCCAACCUCCAGUUUGUAGAUAUGAACUCACCAAGAAAUCUCUUUAUUGUUGGCUGCGCCCUCUUUACAGGGUUCACUAUACCUCAGUGGUUGAAACACAAUCCUGGAGCUAUAGCAACAGGUUCGGUAGUAGCAGAUAACAUAUUCACUGUACUGUUUAGGACCAGUAUGUUUGUAGGGGGUCUUGUAGGAUUCGUGCUGGAUAACUCAAUUCCAGGUACAGACAAAGAGAGGGGGAUCAGCCAAUGGAAACAGCAAACAAGUGAUGAUGACCCUUACGUCAAUGAUCUCCUGGCCAUGUACGAUUUGCCAUUUGGGAUGGGCUUCAUCAAGAAACAUAAAUUCUUCCAGUACCUCCCGUUUUCACCUACUUUCAAGGGAUACAUGUGUUGUAGAUCAGAUAACAAUCAGAAUGAUAUUCCUAUUGACAAUGUGAGUGUUAGCACAAGGAGGUUUGAUUCUGUUGAGACUGUAGCGACAAAUGUUACUGUUGAUGAUCGAAAUGCCAAUACGAUCAUGUGAUCAAGAAGGUCAAGUGCAGUGUCUAACACUUCAUCAUUCCAUUAUGAAACGUCUGUCUAAUUUAACAGUUCAAAUUAGAGACCUCUGGAGAGCUUUACAUAGGAUUUUUAUGUAACCUCCAUGGAACAAACUUAAUGUUGUUUUAUGUGUAAAAAUAACUUAUGUUCUAACAAAGUGUGUUCUAACCCAUUAUGCAUGAUGUCCACACCUUUAAUACAGGUGAUGGGUAAUUACUGAUAAGUGUGACCCCCAUUGUAACUGAUAAAGUUUCUAAAUGCUGCAUCCCUCUCCUUGUAUUAAGCUUUUAGUUUAUAUUGUAUAUUUUAUUGGAGGCAUUUUUAUAAUUUUUGGACUCAUCUACUUGGAUAUGUAGAUUUUCAAAUCUUUAUCUUAUAUUUUGAUAACGAAAGUUGAAAUAAUUAUAUUUUUUGAGUUGAUAUUUUCUGUAUUGAGAAUCUGAAUUUUAAUACUGCAACUUUAUGUAUUUUAACCAAACAACAUACAAGUACAUGUAUUCCUAUCUCAUGCCUCACUGUACAUGUAUACCUUUAUGGGCUAAUAUGUUAUAC